GGCGUCCCUUUGUCUGGAACGGGUCUUCCUCAAUCUCGGUCCAUCCGCUUGGGCCGUAUAUACUCUACCGCUUUCGGCUGUAUUACUCCAUUCUGUCCGCUAGGAAGCUGUCUGGCUCUUUGUUUUGCUGCGAGUUGUACCGUAAUAUCUGACCAACAGAUAUUUUUCUGCAUCUACUCUGUUUAAACACUUGCCUUGCUGAAUCGCUAGCAGGCUAGUACCGUUGUAUCCAGUGUUUUUCUAUAGUCUAUGGUUCCAUCCCAACUUGGUCUCCAAGCCUGGACCAUACCUCUACACCGGCAGACUAUCGUGACAAGUUGCGCGUCAAUAACGAUCGUGCGGUUACGGUGUUGAAAAUAGGAAUGUUGUGUCUUUUCGGAGAGGUGCUGGCUCGCUGUCUGGUUUGGUGCUGAAGAUGGCGGCCCAGGCCUGAGUCUCGCGCAGGUGCGACCGGCACCGGGGCUCCAGACGCCGCGCGGCGUCGGAUGCGGGAGAGGGACGGGGACGGACGCAGCCCGCCAUGCGACCGUGAUCCUGACCUCCAAUGGACUGACCAGGGCGGGCGUCGCCCAGAGAGGGAAGGAUCAGAGCAGAGAGAGAGAGAGAGAGAGAGAGAGAAGGAGAGAGAGAGGGGACCACAGCCUGACCGGCGUCUCCCACGCGGCGUUGGCAGCGAGGAGGAGGGGCGUGGCCGGCCGCGCGGACGCUCCGCGGAGGAUGACCAGCCUGUUCCGGCGCAGCAGCAGCAGCGGCGGGGGCUCCAGGGGCGGGCCCUCGCCCGGCCCCGCCCCUAGCCCCGCCCCCGGCCCAGGCCCCGCCCCCGGCCCCACCCCCACCCCUGCAGGCGGCGAUGGCGGCGGCGGCGGGGGCGAGCUGAACAACAGCCGGCCGGCCCGGCAGGUGCGGCGCCUGGAGUUCAACCAGGCCAUGGACGACUUCAAGACCAUGUUCCCCGGCAUGGACUACGAGGUCAUCGAGUGCGUGCUGCGCUCCAACAGCGGCGCGGUGGACGCCACCAUCGACCAGCUGCUGCAGAUGAGCGUGGAGGGCCAGGGCUCCGACGACAGCUCCGACUCCGACGACAGCAUCCCGCCGGAGAUCCUGGAGCGGACGCUGGAACCGGACAGCUCUGACGAGGAGCCUCCGCCCGUCUACUCCCCGCCCACCUACGACAUGCACAUCUACGACAGGAAGUACCUGGAGGCUCCGCCCACUCCACCUCCCCGGUUCGAGGCCCAGCCCCCGCCGGGACACCGGCAGGUCAGCAGCUACCGGAACUGGAACCCGCCGUUGCUGGGCAACCUGCCGGACGACUUCCUGAGAAUUCUGCCCCAGCAACUGGACAGCAUACAGACGUCCCAGACCAGUGUCUCCCAGCCUUCCUCCUCCUCCUCUUCCUCGCUGUCCUCUGUGCCCCAGAGGGUGGGGUCUGAGGGCGGGGCUGGGUCUGUGGGCGGGGCUACGGAGCAGGAGAGGAAGCUGAAGCAGUACCUGGAGGACGAGCGAAUCGCCCUCUUCCUGCAGAACGAGGAGUUUAUGAGAGAACUGCAGCGCAACAGAGAGUUCCUCACCGCCCUGGAGAGAGAUCGGCUGAAAUACGAGUCAAAGAAAUCCCGGUCCAACCAUUCAUCCGCUAGCACGGAGAGCUCCACAGCAGGGGAGCAGUGUAUCGCGGGCUCAUUGGAAGCUGGCACUGCUGUCUCAGAUGACGCCCUGUUCAGAGACAAACUCAAGCACAUGGGCAAAUCCACCAGGAAGAAGCUGUUCGAGAUCGCCAGGGGGUUCUCGGAGAAGACGAAGAGGAGGAAGACGAAGAGGAGAACGCUCCUGAGGCACCAGUCCCUGGGCACUGCUGCGUCCACCGCCAACCUGCUGGACGACGUGGAGGGAAAUCCAUGUGAGGAAGAGGGCCAGCUUAGGAGACCAGCCACACAGGAAGAGGUGGAGCCCCAAAAGGAAGAAUCAUGAUCGGGCCUGGACGCACCACUUCAGGGUUUCCACGGCAACGACAAAUACAUCCCGCCCCUCCACCCGCCGUGACUGGUGGCUCGGCCGCUCUUUGACCCCUCCUCCUCUCACCCGGACCAGCCAAUCCCUGCACCCCCUCAAACUGCGCCACGCCCACUGAGGAGGUGGCCUCAACAGAACUAUGUCCUCCUCCUAACUUUGGGCCUGUGACGGUUUUUUUAUUACCAUUAUAACCAUUAUAAUUAUCUGUUUAUUUUUGAUUGCUUAGAAUCAGAACACAAAUGCAGUCUUUGUGUCCCUUUUUAUCUUUUUUUUGCCCUGAAAUUUCUAUUGAGAAGAAGAAAAAAAAAUUGAAUUAUGAUGAUUAAUUUUCCUUAUGAAUUGAUUGUGUCUUGCUAGUAUCUUUUUUGUGUGGUUCAGGCAAUGUCUGGUCUGACCAGUGUCUACAGAUCAGACGUGCUGGAGCACUGGGGACUUUUUCUGAGUUAUUCCAUGAUCUGGCAACCCGUGAGCAGCCAUUUUUGGAGUCUCCUGGGGGACAGAGACUUGAACACUUUCCCAGGAGCCUCUGCUUCAUGGCACAGGUCCCGCUGCUGGCUUUUACAUCAGGAUUCGGAAUGCAGGAUGACCUUUGACCCUCAAAGUGCUCCUCGGCUUAUGGGAGAACCGGCCACAUGCCAAAAAUCCCCCCCUUCCUCCCCACCUCUCAUCCUCUCGCAGGAAAUUGGACAGGAAGUUGGAGAAAGCCGGUGAACCCAUGCUUGGACAGCUUAAAGCUCCUCCUUAUUUGACCGCCCCAGAGGAUCACGGUCUGCGGUGUUGCUUGCUGGCUGCGGCCCCGUCUCCGGGUGUGUGCAUCACUGGGGCAAAAACCGAUAUCAAACAAGAUGGCAGCUGCUGUGAAGAACCAGAGCCUCCGCAACCACCCACUGGGCCACAGCAGAGAAUGAGGCGGCUUUUAGGAAGACCAAAUGUGAGCCCUGCUCUCGCUUUAGUUAGGCCCUGCUCUCGCUUUAGUUAGGCCCUGCUCUUGCUUUAGUUAGGCCCUGCUCUUGCUUUAUUUAGGCCCUGCUCUUGCUUUAUUUAGGCCCUGCUCUUGCUUUAGUUAGGCCCUGGUGUUGUUAGGCCCUGCUCUCGCUUUAUUUAGGCCCUGCUCUCGCUUUAUUUAGGCCCUGCUCUUUCUUUAGUUAGGCCCUGCUCUUUCUUUAGUUAGGCCCUGCUUUUGGUUUAUUUAGGCCCUGCUCUUUCUUUAGUUAGGCCCUACUCUCGCUUUAUUUAGGCCCUGCUCUUGGUUUAGUUAGGCCCUGCUCUCACUUUAGUUAGGCCCUGCUCUCGCUUUAUUUAGGCCCUGCUCUCGCUUUAGUUAGGCCCUGGUUUAGUUAGGCCCUACUCUUGGUUUAGUUAGGCCCUGCUCUCGCUUUAGUUAGGCCCUGCUCUCGCUUUAGUUAGGCCCUGCUCUCGCUUUAGUUAGGCCCUACUCUUGGUUUAGUUAGGCCCUGGUGUUAGGCCCUACUCUUGGUUUAGUUAGGCCCUGGUGUUAGGCCCUACUCUUGGUUUAGUUAGGCCCUGCUCUUGGUUUAGUUAGGCCCUGCUCUCGCUUUAGUUAGGCCCUGCUCUUGGUUUAGUUAGGCCCUGCUCUCGGUUUAGUUAGGCCCUGCUCUUGUUAGGCCCUACUCUUGGUUUAGUUAGGCCCUGGUUUAGUUAGGCCCUACUCUUGGUUUAGUUAGGCCCUGCUCUCGGUUUAGUUAGGCCCUGCUCUCGGUUUAGUUAGGCCCUGGUUAAGUUAGGCCCUGCUCUCGGUUUAGUUAGGCCCUGGUUAAGUUAGGCCCUGCUCUCGCUUUAUUUAGGCCCUACACUUGCUUUAGUUAGGCCUUGGUGUUGUUAGGUCCUGCUCUCCGUUUUGUUAGGCCCUGGUUUAGUUAGGCUCUGCUCUCACUUUAGUUAAGCCCUGUUCUCGCUUUAUUUAGGCCCUACUCUUGCUUUAGUUAGGCCCUGGUGUUGUUAGGUCCUGCUCUCGGUUUAGUUAGGCUCUGGUUUUGUUAGGUCCUGCUCUCGGUUUUGCUAGGCCCUGCUCUUGGUUUUUAAGCUUGUUUUGAUCAGACUGCGGUUGUGGCCCAGCCUGGUUUCUCAGCAGGGCUCACACCACACAAGCAUCUCCACGCUGGAACGCUCCUACGCAGAGGAAUGAGAGGAACAGGAAGUGUCCUGCCCCUCAACGCUCAACUGCCAUAUCUAAAAACUUCCCUAAGUGUUAUUAUUAUUAUUAUUAUUAUAAAUUGUCAAAACAUUAUUAUUGUUAUUGAUGGCUCUAAAAAUAAUAAUAAUAAUAGCAGUUCAGUUAUAACUGCGUGACAUGAAAGGAGUGUCCACCUAGGUAGAAAACAGUAUUCUUUUUAUGGUAUUAAUGUUCUUAUUGUUAAUUAUUAGAGAUAUUUGAUAGAGAAGAUCCAGUAAUAUUUACCAGUAAUUGAUGGCUGUGUGUUUGUAUCUUGUGAAAUGGAAAAUGGGGAGGGGAGUGGGGGGGGCGGGUGGAAGAUAAGGAAGGGGAGGAGGCCUCUGUUCGGAGAUGAUGUGGAUUGUAAGGAAACCUGCGGUUCGAUGGCUCAGUAAAAUCGCAGAGGGUCACGAUCGAAGUAACAAAUUAAAGUUUUGAGUGGAAACUUUUAGCUUGUAGCCAUGUUUGAAUGGUAUCUGCCUACUGUCUCCCCCAGUCCCUUUGAUUUUAAAACAGUUAUUAAAAAGGUCACCCGUGCACCCAUGCACAACCCCACCCCCCCAUUUUCAAUAUCUGGUUAUUACUUUGAUACUUUGAACGCCACGUGUACAGUUUGGGUCUCAACCAGGUGUGGCAAUGGUGGUUUGAAUUGAAACCGGAGUCGUCUCUGAUUUGAGUCUCUGAGUCAGCACAGGUGUUGCUGUAAUGCACCUGCUGGCCCACUUAAACAUUCAAAUCCACAGAUUCUCUGUCUCUUAUGCACAAGCAGGUCAGCUUCGCACACCUGCCGUUCUAGCACGAGCACUAGGGGCGGAAUCGGUCGGUUCUAAGCACGAGAUCUUUCAGUGUCCUUUCAGUUCAUCUAAGAUUCAGUACCAAAGGUUAGUUAACAAGGGGUUCCUUGUCAUGUAACUGAUGUUAUGUAGCUACCUAAUUCGACGGCGUUGCCACUGGCUUCCUCUAAUACAGGAACAGACCUCUGGCUGCAUUUUUUACGCUUUCAGCGAGUGGAGUCACAGAUUCUCUUCAUUCUCUAGAUUGUGAGCUUUUUUUGUAAGAAAAUGGUUCGCUUUUUGGCAUCUUGUGGGUAUUCUUGAAGGGACAUGAUCAGGGACAAAACCACUGUCAGCGAAAGUCCUGUCCUUGGGCACGCUCGUCAUGAGUCUUCAUAAAUUGUCAUUUUCGCUGGAAACUCCUGCUGCAAAAUUAAACCAACCUCACGGGGCAAAGAAAACACAGUAGCAUAAGAAAUGCUGGAGGAACACGGGAGUGGAUCCACUGGUUACUGUAUGGAAUCUGUGGUGGAGCUGGCUUGCUUCAAUUAAGAUAUAAUCAGAAUUUUUCUAGAACCUCCCUUGCUGUUUUGAGCCUAAUUUAAUUGAUUAGGCUACAGGCCAGUUAUAUAUUGUGAGGUUUUGCUCAUGAAAUUCGUAUCUGCUCUGGAGUCCCCCUAAUUCAUGUCACUGAGAUGCCUGUCAGAGGACAGUUGCAUGCUUUACCGUGUCUGCUGCGCCGAGGAUUUGAGGUUAUAUGGUUUUCCAGUGUACCAAUCAAAAUUAAACGAAGACCUUGACAAGGGCCCAUGCAGGAUGGUGAACUGAACUCUGCUUGGAUCCUCUAGAAUACUGUAGCCAGCGUGUCCUAGAAGAAGAACGCGCGUGAUCAUGCUCCUUUUUAUAAUAUGGGUCACGAAGUUUUACCGCUCCGCUUUUUUAUUUAUUACAUUUUUUUUAGUGCUGGUGGGGGAGGGGGACGGGAGAGAGAGAAAUAAAAAAAAAAAGCUUAGUUUGGUUAAAGUUUUUCAUCAGUGGCCGGCGCUGAGCUGAAAAUGGGUGGGCGGAAAAGUUAAACUGAUUAUCGGUCUCGUCCAGUUUCCAUUAAUUUUCCUUGAUUAAAAAAUGUGCCAGAGAUGCAAAUAAAAUAUUACUCGUCUAAGUAGCCCAAUUGAGAACUGUCUACAUCUGAUGGUAUUGAGUAUGAGUAUGAGUGGUGAACUAAUUGCUGUAUUGACAAACUGAAUUGAUGAAUGAUCAGUUAUAAAGGGACGUUUUCUGCCCCGCCUAUUUUCAUCUCAACAGCUACCACCGCUGUUGACGUUCAACUGCAGAGAGGAGCGCGUGCAUAUUUGCGCAAUAUUCGGGAAAAUUCAGGCCUGCUUGAAUUUUUUAAAGAUGCCAUUUUUUUAAAUGGUAAAAUGGGGAGUCAAAUUUGAUUUUAUAUUGUCAUGGAGAACAUGCCACUUCACUCUGGAUAUACACAUGAUACCAAUACGCAGUUAAUCCUCUCAGGGAACAGACUACCCUACGCGCUGUUCAAACUCGCUCCUAGACUGCCAUGUAGCUACAAGCACAAGUGAAAUGGCCAAUAAUAUUCCAGAAACCGUUUUCUACGUUCAAAAACAGUGUAGAAUGAUUACACGUUGGGUAUCCCAGUACCGUAGCCUACGCUUGAUAACUCGCAAUGGGUCAGUUGCAGGGUGCUUAGCUGGAGUUUGAACCUGGAUGCCACAGGACUGUAAUAAAACGGGACUAGCCCACCGCUAUUUCAAAGAUGUGGAUAGCUGUUCCAGUUACAGUGCAGCUCUGUGGUAUAUCGGUUUAAAUCUGCAAAUUGAACAAAUGAGUUUACCGUUGUUUUCAUAGGGUCCUGGUAGAUGCGAACAAAACGCAGGACAGCAGGGCCCAUCUGAAGUUGAAAAAAACCCUGUCACUCAGUCGAAGGUUAUUGCACCUGCGCUAAACGUAGUUACCGAGGAACAGUAGCCUACGAUGUUCUUAGUUGCAGCUGUUUGUGUUACUCAUCUUAAACUCUUCUCCCUUGUUCAAAAUCCUUAAUGCAGUAACAGGCCUUUCACUACCGUUCAGUGUUGGCCUAGAGCAAAUGGUAAACGCUUUCUUUACAUGUCAGUGUGAUUGAAAUAGUAAAAUAGGUCACUUAUAACCGCUUAAAACACAUGCUAUAAAAGUUUAUAAUAGGCCUACACACGUGGAAUGGAUGGUAACCCUAUAAGAAUGUUCGCUGUAUUUUCAGGUAAGAAUGUAUUAUAAACUUUAAAGGCAUUAUGGAUUGCGGUUAGUGCGUAACAUUGACUGAGCGUAUAUUUAUUGAAUGACAGGUCGUAUCCAAAACACGUUUAUAUGCAAGUUUAAACCUUUAACCAGGGAUACUCAAACCUGGCCCUCGAGGUCUGUAGUAGGCUAGCCUUCUGUCGGGUUUCAAGGGACUCUAAUCAGGGCCGAUUUAAACCUGGGACAUCAGGUGAGGUAAGCAAAUUCUCUGGCCGAUCCAUCGACCACUUAACUAUGGGUUGAGAAAGAAAAGCAACAGUACGACUGGCCUCGAGGACCAGAUUUGAGUAUCCCUGCCUUAAACACUUAAGUGGUUUUUAUGCAUUAUUUUUAUUUUUAUUUUAUUUUUUGGAGGUUAAUGAUGAGGACUUUCAAGAUAUUUUCCGCAACGUUUCUUACCCUACAGAAAUGUUUAUUAGCGAUUUAAAUAAAUUGUGUUGUACCCUUUCUAACGUUUUGGGCUUUUGUUAUUCCAAAUGAUAUUAAACGAUCUCAUCUGUGGCGUU